AACCGAGGCAAGGUUGGUGUCUCAUUCUCAGGCCUCUGCGUGCCACGUUUCCCUAGAGAGUCGGCGUUUCAGCGGGAAUUAUGGUAGUCGUUGAUUGGCCAAUGAACGCUCGUCCCUGUCGACAGUCCGUAUCUCGCCGGCGAUGAAGCGAGCUAGGAGUAACCCGUGAUUCGCUCUGAACGUCCGCGUUUCCUUUCACAGGGCAGUGCGAAACUGUGCUCUACGACCCGAAACAGUUUCGCGGCAGCGGCCUUGAGCGAUCGGCUAUCUCGCAAUCGAUUCGCUGUUAUGCGCUUCGCCCUCCGCCGUGUCUCGUCCAGAGUGGGUGAAAGGGUCGGUGACGCAUCGAUCGACACAACACAUUGUAAAGCCUCGCGGACGGCGAUUCUUGAGGCGCGUCAACAAACAUAUUACAAAAAAGUUGCAUCGAAAGAACAACCUUUUUAAAAGCGUGGCGGACGGGGAAAGGAAGGCGUGGAGCGGGAGGGUCGUGACAGCCGCGUAGGGUUGGAGAUGCAGCGGGCGGCUAAGCGAGAAGCGUUGGGAGGAGCAGGUGGGGUGGCGGAGCACGAAUGCGAGAAAGCGGCGCUGGAGGAUGGGACAGGAGAGAGGGUUACGACCGCUACAGACGACGCUGAAGCAGUUAAAGCUGACGCCGCCGCGGAUAAAGUUCAAAGAACGGACGCCACAGGCAAUAAAGCCGAUGAUACCGCCGUUAGCACUGACGCUACAGCCGUUAAAACGGAUGAUACGGCCGAUAGAGCUGAUGAGGAAGCCGUCAAAGCUGACGCUACAGCCGUUAUAGCUGGCUCUACAGCCGUUAAAGGUGACGCUGCAAUUCCAAUAGCUAAGGCCACAACAGUAGUAGCUACGGCCACAGCCGAAGUAGCCAUGAGUUCGACAGUGCGGGUUGUGACAGUGAGGGCUGCUGGCGAGCAUAGCAUCCUGGCUGGUGUGGUUACGAAUUCAUGCGACGGAAUGAAGGGUGCUGGCGACGAGGCGAAGGUUACAGGCGACGAAACGAGGGUUACAGGCGACGAAGUGAAGGUUACAGGCGACGAAACGAAGGUUACAGGCGACGAAACGAAGAUUACAGGCGAAAAAACGAAGGUUACAGGCGACGAAACGAACGUUCCAGGCGACGAAACGAAGGUUACAGGCAACGGGACGAAGGUUACAAGCGAUGCGACGGUUACAGGCGACAAAACGAUGGUUACAGGCGACGAAGCGAGCGUUACAGGUGGCGAAGCGAAGACUACAGGCGGCGGAGCCAAGGGUGCAGCAGCAGGAGGAGUAGAGAGCAGCACUGUCGCGCUUAAGGCAAGCGAUGAGAGAGCAGAGGAAGACACGGCGGAGCGAGCUGAAAUCGAGGCUUCAGGCGAGGAAUCGAAGGCUACAGGCGACGAGGUGAAAUUUACAGGCGGCGGAGGCAAGGGCGCAGCAGAAGGAAUGGGGAGCAGCGGCACGGUCAAGGCAGGCGCUGAGAGACCAGAAAGAGGCAUGGCGGAGCGAGCUGACAUUGCAGUGGCGGUGAUCCAAGCCACUCCUCGCGAGGACGUGAAGGGUGCGGAUGGAGGGGCUUGGACUAGGCAUGUCACGGGUAAGACGAUCGGUGGGGCAAGAGGGAGGGACAUGGGGAAGCGAGUCACAACUUCAGUGGGGGCGAUGAGGGCAGCAGGCGACGUCAUGAAGGGGGGAGACUGGCACCGAGGCGAGGACGUGCAGGGUGGAGCAGAAGCAAGCAUUGGUGGUGCAGGGGGGGUGGUGAUGGAGGGAGGUGGAGAGGGCGAGGCCGGGCGAGGGCGGAAGGGGGGCCGGGGCAGUGAGGUGAGUGGAUGUGGAGGUGCCACGGUGAAACAAGAGCAGACGGCGAGGAGGGAGGAGGGGAAGAGGGAGGAGUUUGGCGUGAAGGAUGUGGUGGAAGAAGUGAGGAAAGGGAAGAGCGGUGGUGAUGCGAUGCGCGGCGGUGAGGAGGGCGCGAAGGAGGGAGACUUGAGUGGGGAGGGGAAGGGUGCGAUGGGAGACUUACUGGAGGAGAAGGGCGGCACGGAGGAGAAGAAGGGCGGCACGGAGGAGAAGAAGGGCGGCAUGGAGGAGAAGAAGGGCGGCACGGAGGAGAAGAAGGGCGGCAUAGAGGAGAAGAAGGGCGGCAUAGAGGAGAAGAAGGGCGGCACAGAGGAGAAGAAGGGCGGCAUGGGGGAGAAGAAGGGCGGCAUGGAGGAGAAGAAGGGCGACAUGGAGGAGAAGAAGGGCGGCACGGAGGAGAAGAAGGGCGGCAUAGAGGAGAAGAAGGGCGGCAUAGAGGAGAAGAAGGGCGGCAUAGAGGAGAAGAAGGGCGGCACAGAGGAGAAGAAGGGCGGCAUGGGGGAGAAGAAGGGCGGCAUGGAGGAGAAGAAGGGCGACAUGGAGGAGAAGAAGGGCGGCACGGAGGAGAAGAAGGGCGGCACAGAGGAGAAGAAGGGCGGCACGGAGGAGAAGAAGGGUGGCACGGAGGAGAAGGAGGGCGGCAUAGAGGAGAAGAAGGGCGACAUGGAGGAGAAGAAGGGCGGCACGGAGGAGAAGGAGGGCGGCACGGAGGAGAAGAAGGGCGGCAUGGAGGAGAAGAAGGGCGGCACAGAGGAGAAGAAGGGCGGCACGGAGGAGAAGAAGGGUGGCACGGAGGAGAAGGAGGGCGGCAUAGAGGAGAAGAAGGGCGGCAUGGAGGAGAAGAAGGGCGGCACGGAGGAGAAGGAGGGCGGCACGGAGGAGAAGAAGGGCGGCAUGGAGGAGAAGAAGGGCGGCACGGAGGAGAAGAAGGGCGGCACGGAGGAGAAGAAGGGCGGCACGGAGGAGAAGAAGGGUGGCACGGAGGAGAAGAAGGAGGUGGAGGAUGAUAGUGGAGGGGAGAGGAAGGGUGAAGAAUGGACGGCUGAGGCAAGGGACGAGGAAGGUACCAAGGGAGAAGGCGGGGCGGGUGGUCGUGGAACGAAAGGCGCAGUCGCAGGUCCACGGAUGCGGGAGGGUGGAGGCGUAGACGACUUUGUGGGAGGAGGGGAGGGAAGGGGUGAGGAAGAUAGAAAGGAAGAUCAGAUGGUAAAGGAAGAUGAGAUGGUAAAGGAAGAUGAGAUGGUAAAGGAAGAUGAGAUGGUAAAGGAAGAUGAGAUGGUAAAGGAAGAUGAGAUGGUAAAGGAAGAUGAGAUGGUAAAGGAAGAUGAGAUGGUAAAGGAAGAUGAGAUGGUAAAGGAAGAUGAGAUGGUAAAGGAAGGUGAGAUGGUAAAGGAAGGUGACGGGGAGGCGGAGGACGGUGCAAGAGCGGAGGAAUCUGUUGGAUUAGGGGAGGGAGGUGGUGAGGGGCAGAGAGACAGCGUGAGGAAGGGAGUGGCAGAGGCUGCAGAAAGUGGAAACGUGGGUAGGCGGUUAAGGGAAGAACACGCUUGUGAUUUGAUGAUGGGGAGGGAGGUGAAGGUGAAUGGGAGGGAUGAGGGGGAGAGGAGGGAGCAGGAGCUGAGAGAUGAGAAGGGGAGGAGGGAGGAGGGAAAGGAGAGAGCCGGGGGGGAGAAGGAGAGCGGGGAAGAGAAAAUGGGGGGGAGGGAUGGGGGAAAUGAGGGGGGGAAGAGGAAGUGGGGAGAAGAGAGGAGGAGUGGGAAGGAGGGUGGUGAUUUGAGUGGGAAGGAGGAGGGAGGUAAUGUGGGUGUUGAGAAGGGCACUGGUGUGUGUGCGAAGGAGGGAAGUGGUUUGCCACAGGAUGCGGGUGUGGUUGGGGCAGGAGGAGUUGAGAGAAGGCGAUCAGACGGACGGGAGGAGGAGAAGAAGGAAGGCAAGGACGAAGGUUGGGAGGUGAAGGGCAAGCCGUGCUGGGGUGAGGGAGGAGGGGAGGCUGAGAGGAAGGGAGAGGAGGGAAAUGAGGAGGUGGGGCAGAUGUUAGGGGAGAGUGAGGGAGCGAGGGUGAUUGGAAACGCAGCAGAAGGCGAUAAAAAACUCCAAGUGGGAAGGGAGGAGAAGGUUGUGGAAGGAGAGGAAAGGGAGAAGGUUGGGAAGGGUGGCGAGUGGUUGGAGAGGGCGGAUGAGGCGAUGGGAGGCAGUGGAGAGAUGGCAGGCGAGGGGGGGAAGGAGGAAGAGAAGAGGGCGGAUGGGGGGCAGGGGGAGGUGACAUAUGGGGAGGGAGAGGCGCGGGCUGAGGAGAAAGUGGAGGAGGAGGAGGAGACGAAGAGGGAGGAGAGUGAGAACAGUGGGCAUGGGCAGAAGGAUGACCCAGCAGAAGGGUGCGAUGGGAGGACGGAAGGGUGGGAUGAGAGGGCAGUAAACAUGGUGGAAGAAAAGAAAGGCUAUAGCGAAGGGGGUAGGAUGGGGGGGAAGGGAGACGGAAAGGAGGAGUUAAAGAAGAAAAGGGGGGAGGAGGUAAAGGAGAAAGGGGAGGAGGAAGUAAAGGAAAAAGGAGAGGAGGAAAAGGAGAAAGGGGACGAGGAGUUAAAGGAGAAAAAGGAGGAGGAAGUAAACGAGAUUGGGGAGGAGGAGGUAAAGGAGAAAGGAAGGGAGAAAGGGGAAGAGGAGAAAAAGGAGAACGAGGAGGAGGCUAUGGAGAAAAAGGAGGAGGUAAAGGAUGAAGGAGAGGAGGAUGAGAGGAGGGACGGAGGGGAGGUUUUGGGGAACCAGGGACGCCAGGGAGUGGCGGGCAGGACGGAGGAGGGCAGGAAGGAGGAGGGCAGGACGGAGGAGGGCAGGAAGGAGGAGGGCAGGAAGGAGGAGGGCAGGACGGAGGAGGGCAGGACGGAGGAGGGCAGGACGAAGGAGGGCAGGAAGGAGGAGGGCAGGAAGGAGGAGGGCAGGAAGGAGGAGGGCAGGACGGAGGAGGGCAGGAAGGAGGAGGGCAGGAAGGAGGAGGGCAGGAAGGAGGGCAGGAAGGAGGAGGGCAGGAAGGAGGAGGGCAGGACGGAGGAGGGCAGGAAGGAGGAGGGCAGGAAGGAGGAGGGCAGGACGGAGGAGGGCAGGACGGAGGAGGGCAGGACGGAGGAGGGCAGGACGGAGGAGGGCAGGACGGAGGAGGGCAGGACGGAGGAGGGCAGGAAGGAGGAGGGCAGGAAGGAGGAGGGAGGAGGAGGGCAGGAAGGAGGAGGGCAGGACGGAGGAGGCAGGACGGAGGAGGGCAGGACGGAGGAGGGCAGGACGGAGGAGGGCAGGACGGAGGAGGGCAGGACGGAGGAGGGCAGGAAGGAGGAGGGCAGGAAGGAGGAGGGCAGGAAGGAGGAGGGCAGGACGGAGGAGGGCAGGAAGGAGGAGGGCAGGAAGGAGGAGGGCAGGAAGGAGGAGGGCAGGAAGGAGGAGGGCAGGAAGGAGGAGGGCAGGACGGAGGAGGGCAGGAAGGAGGAGGGCAGGAAGGAGGAGGGCAGGACGGAGGAGGGCAGGACGGAGGAGGGCAGGACGGAGGAGGGCAGGACGGAGGAGGGCAGGAAGGAGGAGGGCAGGAAGGAGGAGGGCAGGAAGGAGGAGGGCAGGAAGGAGGAGGGCGAGGGUGAAAUGACAGCAAGGAAUGAAGCGAAGGUGAUCCGGUGUGGCGAGCUGGAGCGACAAGGGAGUGAGUGGGAGGAGAAGGAGACACACAAAUCACCCCAGAAGACACAGGAGGGGUCGUCUGGGCCUCUCUCCAGCGCGGCUACCCACGACUGGGCUGCUGUGGUUGCUGCUGUUACCCAGUCUCCUCUUGCCGCUGCGCUUACUCCUAGCGCAACAAGCGACCCUGUUGUUGCUCCUGCUGCUCCUGCUGCCGCUGCUGCUGCUUCCGUGCUUCUCACUGCUGCUGCUACCCAAAACUGGGCUGCUGUGGUUGCUGCUGUUACCCAGCCUUCUAUUGCUGCUGCUCCCCCUGCUGCUGCCGCUGCUGCUGCUCCUGCUUUUCACUCCCCAAACAUCUCUGCUGCUCCUCCUGCUGCUGCCGCCGCUGCCGCCGCUGCUGCUGCUGCUGCUGCGGAUGGUGCUGUUUCAGGCCCUGCUGCCGCUUCCCCCGAGGAUCACACAGCUAAGCCGUCUGAUCUUUCCAGCAAGGACGCUCAUGGGGAACGUGUUACAGCUGCUGCUGCUGCCCGUGCUGCUGCUGGUGCGGAUGCUGGUGCUGAUGCUGGUGCUGAUGCUGGUGCGGACGCUGCUGUUCCAGGCCCUGCUACCGCCUCUCCUGAGGACCACGCGGCUAAGCCUUGUGAUAAUGGCAGCAAUGGCGCUGACCCUGCUACUGCUGCAGAUGCAGCAGAUGCUGGUUGUUCCACCGCUGCGGCCGCUGCUGGCGAUGCUGCCGCUGCUAGCGAUGCUGAUGGCAGUGUUGCUGCUGCUGUUGAAUUUAGUGCUGAAACGAGGAUGGAUAUGAGGGCUAAAGUUGGUGUGCAGAAUGCAACAGUAGAUGCUGAGAGUGUUCCACAGCCCUCUCCUUCCACGUUCAACGAAUCAGCUCCCACUCUUAAGAGAGAAGAAGUGAUUCUGACUCGUGAAACUGACGCUGAGACUGCUGCUGCAAAUAGUACCGACGCCGCUGCUGCUGAUGCCGCUGCUACUGAUGCCGCUGAUACUGAUGCCGCUGCUGCUGAUGCCGCUGAUACUGAUGCCGCUGCUGCUGAUGCCGCUGAUACUGAUGCCGCUGCUGCUGAUGCCGCUGAUACUGAUGCCGCUGCUGCUGAUGCCGCUGCUACUGAUGCCGCUGCUGCUGCUGAUGCUGCUGCUGGUGCUGCUGCUGCUGCUGCUGCUGCUACUGAUGCUGCUGCUACUGACACUUAUAACAUUACUGCUGAGAUUGCUGCUGCUUCUACUGCUGCUGCCUCCUCUGAUGCGACUAAAUCUCCUGAUGCUGCUGGCGCUGCUGUUGCUGUUGCUGAUGCUGAUGCUGCUCCAAGUGCAGAUGCUGGUGCUUCAGGUGCCACAGCAGCAGGUGCCUCAGGUGCCACAGCAGCAGGUGCCUCAGGUGCCACAGCAGCAGGUGCCUCAGGUGCCACAGCAGCAGGUGCCUCAGGUGUCACAGCAGCAGGUGCCACAGCAGCUACAGCAGGUGGUACAGCUGUGAGCGCAGCUCUCCCCCCAAAAAGAGUUCGCCUCACCACAGCUUAUCUGCGGAGGAUGCUCGCUGUAAAGAUCAGCGAAGGAGGGAGUGUGAGAGGGGCAAGAGGAGGAGGAGGAGGAGGAGGAGGAGGAGGAGGAGGAGGAGGAGGAGGAGGAGGAGGAGGAGGCAGUUCAGGGCGAGUAGCAGGUGGAGGGGGGAGUGCAAGCAAGGGCCGUGUGAAUGGGCGUGCACCAUCAGCAUUGCUGCCACCCGCCACCCACCUCUCUCCAGCUGAGGAGCAGCAGGCUCUCGCUUUCCUCUUGGCCCAACCCCCCACUCGUUCCCCCUUCACUGCCCCUCCCUCCUCUCUUCCCUCGCUCCUUCCUGCCCCUUUGCCUCCUUCCCGUCCUCUGGCUCCCAGCCAACACCCGGUCACAGCAGCAGCGGCACCAGGGGCACCAGGGGCAGCAGCAGCAACACCACCAGGAGUAACAAGCUCCACGCCAGGUUCCACUGUACCAUCUCAGAUCUGUUCUCCCCACCUCUCAACUCCUCCUGCUCUCCUCUCCCUCCCACCUUCCUUCCGCUCUCCCACCAUCCCUCCCACUGCCCUCCACGCACCAACCCUGCCACAUGAAGCCACAGCGCCAGCAGCACAGCCACAUCUCAACGCCCUCCCCCACCACCCCAGUCACGACUCUCUGCCCCCCACUGUCUCCUCUCCCCCCCGAGCCUCUGCCUCGGCCCACACGGACCUGAAUGCUGCUCCAGUAGCAGCUUCGGAAUUAAGUUCGGGUGCAGGCUUGGGAGCACGCGUGGGUGGAGGCGUGGGAGGUUGUGAAGGAGGGGAUGUCGGGAGAGGUGCGAGAGAGGAGGAGGAGGAGAGAGUGGAGGAGGGGAGGAGAGUGGAGGAGGGGAGGAGAGUGGAGGAGGAAAGGAGAGUGGAAGAGGGACGGAGGGUGGUGCAGAGACUGCAGGGGAGGAGGGGGACUGGGAAGGAUUUCUGGAAGAAGAUUGAUGAUGAGAUCGACUCUCUCAUUCUGCCGCACCUCUGCCCGCCUCUCCGCUGCUCUGCCCAGCACAUGGCCCCUCCCCCACAGCGAUCCCUCCCACCCUCUGAGGCCGCCCCUCUCACGCCUCCACCACUCACGCCUCCACCACUCACGCCUCCACCACUCACGCCUCCACCACUCACGCCUCCUCCUCUUGUGCCUCUUCCUCACACCCCUCCGUUUCCUCCUCCCUCUGCUCCCCUCUCCAAUCCCACUGUUCCCCCUGCACCCUCGAUGCUCCAAAUGCUUCACAUCCCCCCUCUCACUGCACCCAGCCCAGCCCACUCUCAUUUCCCACACCUACAUGCCCACCUACAUCCCCACUCACAUCUUCACACACGGCCUUCCGACACUCUCUCUGGCCAUGCCUCAGCAUCUGGUGCCCCCACUGCGGGCCUGGCAAGCAGCAGUGGUCAGCCCACCAGGCAGCAGCAGAGGCCUCAGCAGCAGCCCCACAACCACUCGUCGCUGGUUGAUCCACUUAGCAGGCUCCCCAUCCAUCCCAUCGCUGCAUUCCCCUCCCUCAUCCGCCUCCCCUCCUGCCCCUCCCUCGACUCCCUCCUUGCCUCUCUGCUCCCUCACUCAAACGAGACUUCUGGUAGAGAGCUGCCGGGCCAAGGGCAGGAAGUCAGAGAGGGGGCAUGCAGUGGUGGGGCCAACAACGCUCAUGGGAAUUCUCUGGGAAGAUAUGAGGAGUUUUUUCUGCCCCCAUUUCCUUGGCUCUCGAAGGGUGCUUCUGCUGCUGCUGCAAAGCCGGUUCGGGCACGUGACCGAUCCCGGGCAGCUGAAAAGGUUUCUGGCAGCUUGGACAAAGAGUUUUCACAGAAAGGGGAGACAGAAGGCAGCGUUGGGAUGAGGGCAGGCAUGGAGAAGGAUGGCAAGGAGGGCAGUGAGAGCACGCAUGGCAGUGGCGGUGGGCUAAGUAGAUUGCUAAACAAAGAGCGGAAGUUUAAGCGGUUGAGAGCGGAAAAUGGGGAGGGAAGUGGUGGGCGUGAGGAAGAGGAAUGGACGGAGGAGAGUGAUGAGCGAGAGGAGGAAGCGGAGGCGGAGGAGGAGGAGGCGGAGAAGGUGGAAGAUGAGGAGGAGGCAGAAAAGGUGGAAGAUGAGGGGGAGGGUGAGGAGGGCGAGGGAGAGGGCGAUGAAGGGGAGGAGACAGAUGAUGAGGCGCAGGGGAGGGGGGUGGAACGCCAUGGGCAUGAGGGGGGCAGUGGAAUGGGGGGUGCCAUGGGAGGCACUGGAGCAGGAGAGAACAGGGAGGAAGCUUAUGAGGCUGAUGACGCUGAUGCGGCCGAUGAUGCUGAGUUGGCAGCGUUGGGAGCGCUGGCUGCUCUGGAUGGCCGGGCUGCUCUGGAUGGCCGUGCUGCUCUGGAUGGCCGUGCUGCAGAUCAGGCUACUGAUGCUCAUAACGCGGGCGGCCACGUCUCCCUGCGUGACCACACCCAUGCUGCCCUUCAUCCUCGUGUCCAGCCCCAGCCCCAUGCCCAUGCCGCACUGCCCACUCUCACCCAUGCUCAAGCCCAUGCUCAAGCCCAUGCCCAUGCGUCUCUCUUCCCACCGGUUAGCGCGCUCGCCCCGCCCCAUGGCCCCCUCGCCCUGCCUGCACCUUCCUCCGCAGCUCCCCCUGCCCAUGGCAAGCCAGGCCCGCCGCAGGGGCUAGCGGCACGGGGACCCGCGGCGAGGGGAGUGGCUAAUGGGAUGGGUAGAGGCGUGGAGGAACGAGGGAGAGGGGAGGGAGGACGAGGGAGAGGAGGGCGGAGAGGUGGAGGAGGGAGAGGGGAGGGAGGGAGAGGGAGUGGGAAGGGUGCUGGUGGGAGGGGUGCAGGAGAGGCUGCCACUCCUGCUGCUGCUGCUGCUGCUGCUGCAGGGGCAGCAGGUGCUCAUCCCGCUUCACCUGCACCUGCCCGUCUGAUGCACUCCCCUCUCACUGCUCCCCACCCCAUGCCUCACGCUGCACCCCAUGCUGCUGUUGCUGCUGCUGCUGCUGCUGCUGCUGCUGCUGCUGCUGCUGCUGCUGCUGCUGCUGCUGCUGGUGACACUGGUAAUGUGGGUGGCUUGACGCCUCUGGUUCUCCCCCCGCCUGAGUUCAAGCCCAGGCGAACCUCCUCCCUCUCCUCCUCCUCACCACUCCUCCGGCCCCCUCCUCUCCUCCUUUCGUCCUUCUCUCCUCUCCCUCCCGCUGCCACUGCGACAGCAGCAGAGCCGGGCGAGGCUGCGAUGAAGAUAUCUCUGGUUGGAUCUGGGGAGGGGAAGGCUUUUCUGGGCGCUGGGAGGGCGAAGGGCAGAGGGGAUGGCGGGCAGUUGGGAGGCGGCCAGGGGAAUAUUUCUCGCCUCUCUGCUCUCGCUUCGGCACUAGCAGGAGCAGGAUCAGCAGGAUCAGCAGGAGCAGCAGGAGCAGGAGCAGCAGCAAGGGGGGCAGGAGGGGGAGCAGCAGCAGCAGCAGUGGUGGCGGUGGAGGAGGAGGAGGAUGCGGUGGCUGCUCUGGCUGCCAUGGCCAGUGCUGCUGCUGCCCUGGCUGGUGGCCUCGAGAACGUGGCUGAAACACGCGAUGCUCGGGACGAGCCGAGUGCGCGGGGUCCAAAGGGCGGGAAGCAAAGCAGCGCAGGUGCGGAUCCUUCUGCCUCUCCCGCUUCUCGCGCUCGUGGUGCUGGUGCUGCUGGGGUUGCAGGCAGCAGCGGCAAGCAGGUAAGUGGUCAUGGGCGUGCCAAGGGGGAGGCAGCAGCAGGGGCAGGUAAGGUGCGUGGUCCUAAUGCAGGAGGGAAGGCGGAGGGCCCUGCUGGGAAGCCAGCAGAAGGAGCAGCAGCAGCACCAGCAGCAGCGGCGGCGGCGGCCGCUGCCAGAGGCGGCAGUUCAAAGCUUGGGAAGAAGCACAAGGGCCCUUCAGCAGUGCGGAAGCUGAGUGUGGCGGGCGCAGAGGGGGCGCCUGUAGCAACUGGAGGCAGUGUGGCUGGCCGUGGCGGUGCUGCUGCUGCUGCUGCUGCUGCUGCUGCGAGGCAGGAGGCGGGGGGCAUGCUGGGCCACCUGGCUGCUCUGCUGGAGCACAGCAGCGCAGGAGGAGAGGGUGGUGCGGGUGGGGGGGCUGAUGGGGCUGAUGGGCUUACUGCUGGCGAGGUAGCAGGUGGGGUAAGGGGAGCGUCACGGGGUGCAGUGGUGGCAGGAGGUGGUGGUGGUGCGGGUGGUGGGGGUGGGAAGAGAGGGAAGGGUUCUGGUGGAGUGGAGAGGAUGGAGGGGAAGAAAGGGCCAAGGGAGCGGGGCAGAGAGCAUGCCAUGGCACUGCAGGGAGCAGCAGCAGCACUGGCAGGGGCUGCUGCAGUUGGGCCUGGGGCAUUUCAGAGAACCGUAGGUGCCACUGCCGCUGCUGCCGCUGCUCUUGCUGCUGCUCCUGCUCCUGCUGCUGCUCCUGCUCCUGCUCCUGCUGCUGCUGCUGGAAAGGCCUCGCCACGUGUAGGCCCUUCCGUUGCUCCCACAGCAUCCAGACUGGGCGGUGAUAUCAAGGCUAAGGCCUCCCACACGGCUGCUACUGCUGCUGCUGCUGCCGCGGAUCACACGGGCAAGAAACGUGCCAAGGCAGGAGCAGCAGCAGGGAGGUCCCCUCUCGCCCGCCCCCUUGCCCCCCCACACGUGCCUUCUCUAGAUCGUGGCGAAAGGGGCGGAGAUGGAGGGUUGGGAGAGGCGAACCCAGUGCGAGGAGGGGGAGGAGCGGAGAUGGGUGCGGAUGGUUGGGAGGGUGCAGGGGGCGUGGGGAGUGAGGAGGCAGCAGGGGGUGCGAAGAAAGGGCGAGGCUGGCCCAAGGGCUCCAAGAAGACUGGCAAGAGAGGUGACUCCCCAGCCCCACCACCCCCUCCUGUGGCAUCACCAGCAUCAGCAUCGUUACAUGCAGCAGCGGGAAGCAGGGAAGCAGGGGCGGCAGGAGGAGCGGGAGCAGGGCGAGGUGGUGCAGGGGUGCCCCCCAAGGAGGAUGCGGCUGCUCUCAUGCUCUUCUCCCUCGCACAGUUGGCUGAGGAGGCGGAGGAGGAGGAGGAAGAGGAGGGCGAGGAGGAGGUGGGAGGGAAGGGGGCAGGUCGAGAUGGAGCAAGUGGAGCAGAGGUAAGUAACGAGGAUGCGAAUGAGUUUGCAGCUGGAGCAGCAGCAAGCGAGGGCAGGAUGUUUCGGCAAGGAGGCAGAGAUGGAGAGAUGGGAGAAGGGAGACAUCAAGAAAGUGGGAUGGGGAGUGGGAUGGAGGUGGAAAAGGGGCAGGCGGAGGAGCAGGAAGAGGAAGACGGGGCGGAAGAGGCGGAGGAGGAGAGGGUGGUGCUGGUGGUGCCGCGAAAGCGAAGGCGAACCGCAACGGAGCCUGUGGCAGUGCGAGGAGCGCAAGGGGGAAUGCCAGGUCCACAGGCACAGCGCCACACGCAGAAACUAGAGAAGAAGGGAAGGCAGAAAGCUCUGGGUAGAUCCACUGAGGCGGAGGAAGAGGUGGUCGUCGUUGAUUCCCAUUCGCGCAAAGAAGGCACUCUGCGCUCUCACUCACCCUCCCCAUCCCCACCAGCACACACAUCGCCAUCACCAUCGGCAUCACCAUCGCAAUCACCGAUGUCAUCACGACCAGCAUCACCAGCUCGCAGCGGUAGCUUCGAGGAUGCCAGUGGUGGGGGCGGUGCCGCCCUCUCCUCCUUCCCCCUUGCUGCACCUUCUGCUCCCUCUGCCACUCCGUCUGCCACCCCCUCUGCCACUCCGUCUGCGACUGCCACUGAUGACAGUGACGACGCGGGCCCCUCAACUGCUGCUGCUGGGCGCAGAAGGGCGGGCAAGGCAGCCAGGAGGCGGUACUGCGAGCAGGACGAGGAAGAGGCGGAGGAGGAGGGAGAGGAGCGAGUGGGGGGAGCGGAGGAGGAGCCGGGGGAGGCGGAGGAUGAGGAGGAAGAGGACAAGCCGAGGCGGCGGCGCAGGCAGAAGCUGCACCUGCUGCCAGAAACGCCCGUUGCCAAGGGAGGUGGGAGGAAGAAGGCUGCCAAGGGCAGGACGGGAGGGGCGGAAAGGGGGAGAGGAGAGUGAUGGUGUGACGACAGUGGGGAUGGGUGGGGGGAGAGGAGCUGCUGCUGCUGGGCGGGUCGUGGCUUUCAAUGCCACUGGUCGUCGCAGCAGCUUCAGCUGUGACUCUUGACACUGCUGCUGCUGCUGCUGCCACAGGUGCGGCUCGUUCGAAGGGAGAGCUUUGAGCCAGAGCUCUGCAUCUGCUUCCAAAGACGCCUGUUUCGACGGGAGGGGGGAGGAAGGGGGGAUGCACGGGCGGGAAGGGAGGGGCAGAAGGGGCAAGAGGAGGCGAUGGUGCACAAGGUGGGGGGGUCAGCGGUAGGAAGGGGGUCUUGUGCGCGCACCGUACGCCAGCUUUUCCAUACAUGACUAUCAGUGGCAAGGUUUGCUGAAGCUCGUUGGCUGUCUUUGUUUUUAGGUGUAAUUGAAGCCAAUCGCCCCAAUAGUGACGUGC